AAUAUAAGAAAGUGUGAUUUUUUCGCAUAAAUCUAUAAAUAAUCCAAGCUGUACGCGCUGUGGUCCAUUGGAUGUUUUUUAAAGCAUCUGUAGCGAUAUGACCGAAAAGGUAACGAAAUUGGCUUUAGCUAGCCGCGUAAUGGUUCUACUGCUUCAAUGGCUGGCCAAUGUAAUGAUAACGGAUCAUAGAACUCAAGUCUUUCGUACGCCUUACGAUAAAACUCAUAAAAACACUUGGCUAGAUAAAACGGUAAAUGUUUUGUUCGACGGUCUACGGCAUUGGGAUGGUGAAUAUUUUCUGCAUAUAGCUGAAUAUGGCUACAGUUAUGAGAACACUUUGGCGUUUUAUCCUUUAUAUCCUCUCACGGUCGGUUAUUCAGGCCGUGUUUUGCAUUACUUAGCUAAAGAUUGUUUGACUUUACGCAGUUGUUGUCUCUUAAUGGCUGUUAUUUUAAACGUAAUUAUAUUCUGUAAAGCGGCGAGCUUGAUGUAUCAAGUGACACAACUUAUUUUUAACGAUGCUACGAAAAGUUGGAAUGCCACUCUAUUAUUCUGCUUUAAUCCAGCCUCCAUAUUUUUUACGGCAGCCUAUUCCGAAACUUUGUUUGCGCUAAUGACUUUAUAUGUGAUGUUGGAAAGUAUCACAGAAUUACGUUUUAUACCCUGUUCAGUGCCGUUAGGUUUAAAUAUUAUAACUCGUUCGAAUGGUUUGGUUAAUGUGGGAUUCCCUUUAUAUUUUUUGAUACGAAGAAGUGUGUUACGUGCCAACCAGAGUUUUUUCUCCAUCAUUAAAUUAAUAUGUAUCUUGUUGCUAUCUUUAAUACCUGCGACAAUCUUCAAUUUUUAUCAAUUUCAUCAGUUUUGCAAUUCUCACAAGUCGAUAAAGCAUAGUGUGCAAGUUGUAGAUUAUGCCAGGGAGAAAAAUUAUAUAUUGGCGGGUCAACGUCUUUUUAAUCAAUCGGCAUGGUGUGAAGCUACUCUUCCGUUCCCUUACCCUUACGUACAAUCGCAUUAUUGGAACGUGGGUUUCCUUAAAUACUAUCAACUCAAACAAUUGCCUAAUUUCGUGAUAGCUUUACCCGUGCUUGGAUUUCUACUAUGGCACCUUUUCUUGUAUUUAAAACAUUUCGUUUGUAAUCUUUUGCCACGUUAUCCCCUACAGCAAUUACUUAAAGAAUAUAAAACUCUACCUUUUAUCUUACACGCGUUAAUACUUUGUCUGAUAUGCGUUGUCUUUGUCCACAUACAAAUUGCGACACGUUUACUCUGUUCUGCAUCACCAUGUCUGUAUUGGUUUGCAGCUGACUAUUUACCAAAAAGUUUCGAUAAAUUGCGCUUACAUUCUAGAGGGGGUUUGGUUGUUAUAUGGUUUGCUACUUAUUCCAUAGUUGGUUGUUUGCUUUUUAGUAAUAACUUUCCCUGGACUUGAAUACAUUGUUAUGCUAAGUUAUUUAAAUCUUUAAUUAAACGCAUUAAGGCAACUUAUGCUUUCCUUUUUUUUUUUUAACUUGUUAAAAGCCGACCUAUUGAGGUCGCACAAGACUGUUUUAAUGAACUUUUUUCAAUGAAUCCUCGUACAUCCUCAAACAUAAUAUUUUUUUACUAGAUAUAUUUAGUUAAUUUAAAUAUAUGUUUUUUUUUUUUUUUUGUAAGAAAAAGAAGAAGAAAAUGUUUCUUUUUAUUGCACACAUAUGUAGAAUAGUCGAUAUUUAAUAAAUGACUA